ACUGCCAUGGGCAGGAGCACCCCCGACGGACGGAGGACGGACAUGGUCAGAGACCAGAGCGGUGGCGUAGUCAAGGCUGCGGGUAGAGGCGAAGUCAGCGACACCAGCGACAAGAGCCUCAAGACGCGAGAGAGGAACAGACGGGUCGGUAACAAGGGAGGCUAGGUCCCGAGGAACAAGAGGACGUGCAGCACAAAGAUAGUCAGGCAGAGGGGGAGGCGCGACAGCGAGCGACGACGAAGGAGGCGAAGGCAAGAAGGGAGGACGAGACGCAUGGGAACGAAGCAACAUGGGGUGAGAACGUGGAACAGGGGAGACAGGACGAGCACGAGAAGCACGGCGAGACCAGACGUGAGAUGGAGGCGUCGGGUCAGGAGACAGAGGAGGAGUAAUAGGAGGGGAACGAGUCAGAGGAGUCCAGGGGGAAACCGAGGAAAACGCAGGGGACACAGUAAGCUUGUCCGUGCGAGAAGCAUGAACAUGAGCGAGACAGCCCCAGACUUGGAACGCGGACGUGUCACCAGGGAACCCGGUCCAAAGGAGGGUUGGCGAAACUUGCGGCCGCUGGGAGGGCUAUCACAGGAUCGCAUGUGUCGAGGAAAAGUUGCACUAUCGAUUGAUACAAGGCGCUUUUAUUUUUCCAGAGUUCAUCAGGUAACCAGGUUUAUCCCAUCCGAAGGGAAUAGACCCUUCUAGAAAUAGAAUCACCCUGCGUAUAGCCACACGAGGCUGUUGGCUUUAAGGGAUUACGGUAGGAUUACCCUACAUAUAGCGCGCCAGUACAUCCCGAGCCUGGUCCGUGAUAUACUGUAAUUAUAAUAAUAGGAUAAACCAAAGGAUAAUGAAAAUGGAAGAAUAGGAAACCAAUUGAUUUGAUAUAAAAAGAGAAAUGAAAUAGAAAGGAAAUAUGGAAAUGGGAAAUUGGUGUAACGGGAUCGUACUCUCACACUUCCUCCCCUCAAAGCUGGGUGGUAGAAGUAACACCCUGCUUAACAAGGUAGUCGUGAAGAUGACGACAGGCGUUACCCAUGUCGGUUUCAGGGACCCAGCUAUGCUCUGAAGGAUCAUAACCCUUCCAAUGAAUGAGAAGCUCGACGGUGUCAUUCCGACGACGGCGGUGUGCAAGCACAGACUCGACCUCGUACUCGGGUUCAUCGUGGACGAGGACAGGCGGCGGCGGCGGUUGGCGUCUGACGAAGACCGUGUUAGGAUCCCGAUAGGGCUUCAGAAGUUGGACAUGGAAGGCGUUGUGAAUCUUCCAGGUAGCUGGCAGGCGUAAGCACAAGGUAACAGGAGUGACCUGUGGUUCAACGAGGAAAGGCCCGCAGAAGCGAGGUCGAAGUUUAGAUGGGAGAUGGCUAAUGUCAAGGUUGUGGGUGUUGAGGAGCACCUGGUCUCCCACGGUGAUGGUGUGGCCAUUGCGAGGGCGAUCGGCUUGGCGCUUCUGUUGUUGCUGAAUCUCGAGGAGGCGCUUGUGGGUCCGAUCCCAAAGCUGAUGCAUGGUCGUGAUGAAGUCGUGUGCAGGUUGGACUUUAGCUGAUGUUGUCGGUUUUUGUGGUGUGAGCGGGUGGCGUCCGUGUCAGAGGAAGAACGGCGCCUAUCCAGUAGCGGCAUGUGUAGCAUUGUUGUAAGC